CCACAGCGGAUUAUUUAAGCUCCAACUUCGGCAGAGCGCUUCUCACAAGGCACAACAGCCAUUAGUUUGAAAGGGGAACGGGGUUUUAUUUACCCGUUUAACGCAGUCAGCAGUAAGGUGAUAUCAGUGGGAUAUGACUGUGGAUGGGGAUAUGGCCGGGUUUGUCCCUCAGAAGGAGGUCGUGUAUAACGGUCUGCUGCCGUACUCCGACCGGAUGGAGCGAGAGGCCACGGAGCUGCUGGCGGAGAUCAAAGCGAACCUGUCCAGAGCUGUCCUCCUCCGAGAACUGUGGCCCGGGGUCGCCUUCUGGUCUGGGAAGCUCUUCUCGUUUCUGAAGCUGUACGGACGGAUGUUCAGUAAAGAGGACCAUAUUCUCUUCAUCAAGCUGCUCUAUGAGUUGGUCACGCUGCCGGACCUGGAGCCUCACAUGAUGCAGAGCUACGCCAGGCUGCUCAUUCAGCUCCUCAAGAAGAAGGAACUUCUGUCGAGGGAUGACCUACAGUUGCCGUGGCGACCACUUUACGAUCUGUACAAGAGGAUCGUCUCCUCCAAAACGGAGCACCUCGGACUCGUCUGGUUCCCCAACUCAGUGGACCACGUUUUGAGGGCUUUGAUCAAAAGCUGCAGACUGUAUUUCACCGCGUCAUCCACCGAGGAGAUGCUGGAUGAGUGGCGCCCCCUCCUGUGCGUGUUCGACAUGGUCAUGCUGAAGGCCGUCAGCAACAUGGAGCUGUUCCUGCCCACCAUCAUGCCCCCGGAGGAACACAGCCAGGGCUUCCAGUUGUGGUUUGAUGAACUGAUGACUCUUUGGAUGUCAGUGCAAAAUCAGCCAACCUGGGAAGGGCACCUAGUGAACCUGUUUGCUCGCCUCGCCAACGACAACAUCGGCUACCUGGACUGGACCGCUUACAUCCCCACAAUCUUCACCAGGAUCCUGCGCAGUCUGAACAUUCCAGUUGGGGUCAGUAAGAUGAUGGCGCCGCGCUAUCUCACCAACUCCUAUGACAUCGGACACCUGGUGUUGUGGAUCACAGCACUUUUGGGAGGAUCAGGAAACCCAGCACAGAAGGAGCUCACCUGCCUCUUCAACAGCAUUGCCUCCUUCUACCAUCCUUCGAAUCAUGGUCGCUGGCAAUUGCGACUGAUGCGCCUGCUUCAGCGGCUCCCGGCAAGUGUUGUGCGCCGUGUGCAUCGGGAACGUCACGCCGCCCCCAGCUGGAUCACGCUGGUUCCUGAGUGUCAAAGGCUGACUGAUGGAGACUUGCAGGAGUUCACCCGUAGCAUCACCGGCGCCGCACUGCUGGCCAUGUUCAGUAAAACCGGCAGUACGGAGGCAGCCUACGCUCUUCAGAACCUGGCUCUCCUCACACCAGAACUCGUCAUACCACCUGUACUUGAGAAGACCUAUGCAGCAAUGGAGACCUUGACGGAGCCGCACACCCUCACCGACACGCUCAGCUGCAUGAUCGGCAUGGCUCGCAGCCUGGUUUCCCCAAACAACCGUUACCCAGAGGGCCGUGGGCACGUGCUCCCACUGCUCAUGGGCUCCCUGCCGGGGAUUGACCCCAACGACUUUAGCAAGUGCAUGAUAACGUUCCAGUUCAUCGCCACCUUCACCACUCUGGUGCCUUUAGCGGAUUGUUCGUCUGCGCCUUCUCAACACAGGGAUCUCACGGAGAUUGAGAAGAAUCUGUGUUUUGCAUCAGCUGAGUUUGAAGAUUUCGUUCUCCAGUUUCUGGACAGGUGUUUUGCUCUGAUAGACAGCAGUACCCUGGAACAGACGAGAGACGAGAUGGAGACGGAUACGCAGACUCAUCUAGAGAGCCUGGUGGAGCUGGGCCUGUCCUCCACUGUGAGCACCAUCCUAACACAAUGCUCCACGGAAAUAUACAAGAUGGCGUUGCAAAAAGUGUAUCAUUUUGCCUCCUCCAACAUCUUUGAGACGUGUGUGUCAGGCAGGAUGGUGGCUGACAUGUGCAGAGCGGCAGCGAAGUGUCAUCCCGCUGAGUCUCUCCGUCUGUUCGUCCCUCACUGCUGCAGCGUCAUUUUCCAAAUUACUGACAAUGAGGAGCUGCAGAGUGAAGACGUGCUGGAUAAGGAGCUGUUGUGGAAUCUCCAGCUGCUCUCCGAGGUAACCCGUGUGGAUGGUGAACAGCUGUUAAAAUACCAGGGGGACCUGGAACGGAUCGUGUGUGUGCGUCUGCGCUGCAAACGGGCGUACACACUCGCCUGCAGUCUGCUGGAGCACACACUCCGGUCGCUGUCCCUGAUCUAUCCCACCGAGUACAGCAGCACCUCUGGAGGCUUUGAUACUGACCUCCCGAUACGGGACUGGGGCAGAGCCGGAGAUGUGGCAGACUUGGGUGUGCGUUGGCACGUACCUGAUAAGGAAAAGGAACACUUUGUUUUCCAGCUGUUGUCCCGCCUCCUGCACCCUGAGCUGCAGCGAAUCGAGGGCCACGUCUCUGGAGAUCAGCCAAUGAGCAGGGAGGAGCUGUUGCAGAGUCUUGCUGUUGUGCAGCACUGCCUGCUCAGAGCUGGAAGCAUGCUGCCCCCUCUGGAUGGACCGCACGUAUCUGACCUAGUGCCCUCCAUGAUCAAUCUGGGGGAGAUCAAGCUGCAUAUAGGUGUCGACUACGAUGAUUCACGGGAGAACUACAGAGAGUCCAUCUGCCAAACCAUGAGACUGCUGCUACAUCACAUCUUGGAUUACUCGGAAGAUGACACAAAGUCACUCUUCGUCAUCAUUAAGAUCAUCAGUGACCUCGUGUUUUUCCGAGGAACGCACAAGAGGGAGUUUGAGUCGCGUUGGAAAAGCUUCACUCUCGCCAAGAAGUCGAUGGAAAACAGGCUUCACGGGGAAAAGCAGCACAUCAGAGCCCUGCUCAUCGAGCGGGUUCUCCUCCAGCAUGAGAUGAGGAAGCUGGUGGUUGAGGGCAGUGAAUAUAAAGUGGUUCAUCAGGAGCUGCUGUGUGAUCUGCUGCGACUUUCUACCAGCACUGACAGCCAGGUACGCAGCAGGGCCCAGCAUGUGCUGACGACUGCGCUGUCAACUUUUAGCUUCUCCUACAGAGACCUGAUUCCCCGAAUCCUGCAACUGCUCUCACACCAGACCACUGGCACACAACAACAGUGUAAGGGUGCUUUGUACUGCCUGCUGGGUCUGCACAGUGCUCCCUCUCCGGCCAAUGCGAGGGACUGGGACUGUGUUGGGGAGGUGUGGCCCGCUCUGGUGCGCUGUGGCCUGUCGCCCUCCUUGACCUUGGAGGACCCGUCCAUCAGUGGACUGCUCAACGACAUCACGGACCGCAUUCAUCGCCAACACGACACCAUCGGGAUCUAUUUCACAGUGUCAGAGUCAUGUGUAGAGGUAGCCAAUCAUAUCAUGCAGUCUACAAAUCCCAGGCCUUGUUUAGAGGCAGCGUCCAUGGAGGAGCUUAAAGAAGGGCUUCAACGUCAGCGAAUCAGAAAUGCGGUUGCUGCUAGGAAAUAUGAGAAGUUGGUCAAUGAUCUCUUGGACUGCCUUGAAGACAGGAACUUGCCCUGGAAGUUUGAGCACAUGGCCACCGACUUGUUGGCCCUCCAGCUGAGAGAAGACCACCCAGCUCCCCCUGACGCUGUCCUCUUCUUCACACAGAGCCUCACACACGACUCCAUCAGCAUCCGCAAGGUGGGGAUCUCAGCGAUGGCCGGCAUCCUGAAACAGCUAAAGCGACCAAGAAAGAAAGUGUCUGUGAAGCCGUCAGAAAUCAGUGGCGUAGAGGAUCCAGAGGGGUUGUGUGUUGGGGAUCGCGAGGCGAACCGCUGGCUGCAGUACGACAGCAACAACCUCCCUCUAAGUCAGGAGCAGUGGGAUUCUCAGCCGUAUGUGGAGAAGACACACUGUGGCUACGACUCGUGGCCGAGAGAAAUGAUGAUCCACGCAGCUUCGGAAAAGCCAAAAGACGACCUGUCGCACGAAGAGAUGGGCGAGGGCGAGAAGAUCAUCUUUGAAUAUUUCUCGGACCCAGAGUUUAUUGACCGGCUUGUAGAGUUUCUCUUCCUGGAGGAUCGGAAAGGAAACGACAGCUUCAAUCCCCGACGCUUCUGUCUCUUUACGGUGCAAUUCUGUAACUAUGGAGACGCGUUCCUGCCGUUACUAUGGCCUCACCUCGAGCAGCUUGCCAGCGACCCCCAUGAGAGCUCCCAGCGCUGUGUGUGUGAGAUUACUGCAGGACUAAUCAGAGGCAGCAAACUCUGGAGCUUCAGCAAGGUGGACAGGUUAUGGCAGCUGUUGUGCCCUUUGAUCAGGACAGCAUUAUCCAACAUCACAGUGGACACCUACACAGACUGCUCACAUGCACUAAAACACACCACUCACAACACAGCUGAGAGCACGGGAAACAACAAUGGGAAUCAUGUUAAGUGUAUGAGGGCCGGGACCCCCCGGGACCACACUGCUGUUGAGCUGCUGUGGCUGAGCCGAGAGAGAGAGGAGAGCUCAUUCAGGGACGCCAGCUUGCUGUAUGUGCUCCAGGGAGGUCUGGCCCAGCAGUGGAGGGUCUCUGAGCUGCUGCACAGGCUGCUGGAUUACCUGGAGCCCAAACUCAGCCAGGUGUAUAAGAAUGUCAGGGAGCGCAUUGGAAGUGUCUUGACCUAUAUCUUCAUGAUAGACGUGGCCCUGCCCCACACCCAGCCCACCUCCUCCCCCCACGUGGCGGAGUUCGUCCAUCGGGUCUUAGAGCGACUCAAGCCGCUCACGUCAGAGCCGGAGACCCACGUCCACGAGGAGAACGCCCAGAAGACGGACGAGCGCAGCCAGGCUGUCAAACUGCUCAAGACGGUGUUAAAAUGGUUGAUGGCGAGUGCGGGGCGAACCUUUACCACUCCUGUCCAGCCACAACUACAGCUCCUGCCUCUACUCUUCAAAAUUGCCACGGUGGAGAUUGAUGAGAGCGAUGAUGAGAUGAAGCAGGAUGCUCGCACGUGUCUCUCUCUCAUGUCCCAGGGCCUGCUGUAUCCUGAGCACAUCCCUCUGGUUCUGGCAGCGCUGGAAGAAAUGGCAGGCAGAAGCUCGUGGCAUGCACGCUACUCGGUGCUGACCUACCUCCAGAUCAUGGUUUUCUACAACUUGUUCACCCUGCUCAGUGUGCCUGCCGAGGUGCUGCGCAUCCGGAAGCUGGUGAUGCAGCUGCUGCUUGAUGAACAGCUCGAGGUUCGGGACAUGGCAGGCACCACCCUCAGUGGUUUACUGCAGUGCCAGUUCUUCCCUUUGGACUCCAGUCUGCAGACACAGCUUCAGACGCUGAGUCAGACUCGUCUCCCCAAGGCAAGAGAAGAACUGGCCUCCACAGACUUAGUGCGGCGCCAUGCCGGCAUGCUCGGCCUCAGCGCGUGCAUCCUGUCGAGCCCCUACGAUGUCCCAGACUGGAUGCCUCAGAUACUGAUGGCCCUGAGCAACCAUCUCAAUGACCCACAGCCUAUAGAGAUGACGGUGAAGAAGACCCUGUCGGAGUUCAGGCGCACGCACCACGGUAACUGGCAGGAGCAUCGGCAGUGCUUCACUGACGACCAGCUGCUCGUGCUCACAGACCUGCUGGUGUCUCCGUGUUACUACGCCUAGACGGGUCCUCAAAGACUACACCCUCUCAUGUCGAUGCCGUUGCAGCGGCUGGCUGAGAGCCCUGCCUCUGGAACUCCGCCCGCCAAUGUUGGCCUUCAGUAAGCUCGGCAGAAAAGCUCCCUGGACGAAGAGGUUUCAAAUUUCAAAUAUCGAAUUUACUUGGCGAGUUUAUUUUGUCUCGCCAACAGCUCAACAGCCCCAAAGGUGGCCACUGGACUUUCAAGAGAAUCCCGCUUUAGGGAUAUCUUUUGUUGCUGUUGUAAAAUAUCAAUGUCGCUCAUUUGCCAGAAAUCUGUAUCUUUCCACAUCACCAUUCUCAUUUAAGUAUUAAAACUUGCUCAAAUACAAGGAAAACUUCAAUGAUACAAAUGUUUACAAAUAAUAUUCAAAAAAAUAUUUGAUCUAUCAAAUACUUUAAAAGUAUUUCUACAGUUAUAAUGUAACCCAACACUUGCAAAGCAUACUAUAAUGUUUCUAAUACUGUAUAAUAUAUGGAUUAAUAUCGCGAAACAUUAUGUAACUAAUAAAAAGUAAUAAGAUGUAUAACUUGACAUAUUAUACAGUAGCUCAACACUGAGGAUGAUUUUCUGUUGUGUUGGAAAAAUUACUAUUUCAACAGGUCUGUGACCUUACAAAUCACAAGAUGUUUAACCGUUAUGGUCUGAAGGUCUUUCUGGGGGGGGGGGGGGGGUGAUGGAGCAUUCUUCCUCCAUCACUGAUAAGAAGUUGAGCAAAGGUACUUUUAAGAGAGGAGCACUCAUCUGCUUAUCUGGAGCCCCUUCACAAAAACAAUGGAGGCCUUUUUCUGGAGAAGAUAAGAAACGGCUUUGGGCCGGUUCGGACCGCCUCCCCUCCUGGUACCGUCUGUCACAAUGUAAAAAUCCAUCUCUGACAGAGGCUCAGAUGGAUUUUUGAGCAGCAACUUGAAAAUAUGACUUGUGCGUCAUUUCAACUAUGCUUCUUCUUGCAAGAAUAAAUUGCCUGAAUGAUUUUACACUUGGUGUUGAGUAGAAUUGUGCUUACAAAUAAAUUCACUGCACCAUUUGGAUAAAG